AUGAGUUUCCCGAUUUUGGCCAACAAGGGCAUCGCAGAAGCCGUUGGUAGCACACCAUUAAUAAAACUGAACAAAGUAUCCAGAGAAGUAGGAAGGAACAUUUACGGGAAAGCUGAAUUCCAGAAUCCUGGUGGCUCUGUGAAAGACCGUGCUGCAUUGUAUCUGAUAGAACAGGCUGAAAAAAAUGGACAUUUGGACCCAUCUCGUCCUGCAACCAUCGUGGAAGGAUCUGCUGGAAAUACAGCUAUUGGACUGGCACAUAUAGCCAGAUCCAAAGGUUACAAGUCGAUCUUUUACAUGCCAAACACGCAAUCAGCAUCGAAAAUUAACCUUUUGAAAUACUUGGGUGCCGAGGUCCACGCUGUGCCCGUUUGUCCAAUCACAGAUCCGUUGAAUUUCAAUAACAGAGCUCGAGACCAUGCUAAGAGUCUCGAUAACGCUAUCUGGACAGACCAAUUUGAUAAUCCAGCAAACUGGAAAUCGCACUACAAUACAACAGGACCUGAGAUCUUAAAACAACUCGAAAGCGCGGGACUAACCUGCGAAGCCUUCACUUGUUCCACCGGCACAGGCGGUACCUUUACAGGUGUUGCUAAAUACUUGAAAAAGGCCACCAACAACUACAGUAAAGUUAUUAUUGCUGAUCCACCUGGUUCUGCAAUCUACUCGUAUGUCAAGACCGGGGAAAUGAGCCGCGAGGGCUCCUCUUUUACCGAGGGCAUUGGCCAGGGCCGUAUUACCAAAAACCUGGAAGCAUCGUUGGAUAUUGUUGACGACGCUAUAUUCGUUCCCGACGAAGAGAGCAUAGUCAUGCUUUACAGGCUGUUGGAUGAAGAGGGACUUUUCCUGGGAGGAACCAGUGCUCUGAAUGUUGUGGCAGCCACCACAGCCGCCAAGAGUUUACCAGAAGGCAGUAAUGUCGUUACCAUCUUGUGCGACAGUGGCCAUAAGUAUGCUGACAGAGUCUUUUCUAAGAAAUGGUUGAAGGAGAAGAAGCUUUACAAUAGUAUCCCAGAGUCUUUGAAAAAGUACAUUACGCUGGAAUGA